GUAAUACAAGUCACAGUCAUCUGCCGAAAGUCCAGUUGACUAGUCAUAAAUAAAUACCUUAUCAACUUUUUUUUUUCAUCCUUUCAGGAGAGUUUCCACGAUGGCUGACGCUGAUGAGGAAAAGAAGAGGAAACAGGCGGAGACCGAGAGAAAAAGGGCGGAGGUCCGGGCCCGCCUUGAAGAGGCAUCCAAGGCUAAAAAAGCCAAGAAGGGGUUCAUGACUCCGGAUAGAAAGAAGAAACUCAGGUUGUUGCUGCGUAAAAAAGCUGCUGAGGAGCUGAAGAAGGAGCAGGAGAGGAAAGCAGCUGAGAGGAGACGUAUCAUUGAGGAACGUUGUGGCAAGGCCAAAGACACUGACGACGUCAGCGAAGGGCAAUUGAAAUCAAUACUGAUCCAGUAUCACAAGAAGAUCGCAAAGCUCGAGGAGGAGAGAUACGACCUUGAGUUUGAUGUCUCCAGCAAGGAAUACGAGAUUACCGAACUGAACAGCCAAGUGAACGACCUUCGAGGAAAAUUCAUGAAGCCAACCCUGAAAAAAGUCUCCAAAUAUGAAAAUAAGUUCGCCAAGCUCCAGAAGAAGGCGGCGGAAUUCAAUUUCAGAAAUCAGUUGAAGCAGGUUAAAAAGAAGGAAUUCACCCUCGAGGAGGAGGACAAGGAGAAAAAGCCGGACUGGUCGAAGAAGGGCGACGAAAAGAAGAAGUUGGAGGAGCUAGCAGCGGCAGCUCCUGAAAUAGCAACACCAACCCCAGAUUUAACGGCAACUUCUGUCACGGAAACUGUAUCGACAUCAGCUGUAUCGACGCCUGCACCCACACCAUCUCCAAUACCUCCUGAAGUUCCACCAGCACCAACGCCUGAGCCACCAUCACCUGCACCAUCACCUGCACCCCCUGCUGAUGGUGAAGCACCAUCAGGCGAUACUCCAGCUGAUGGUGCGACUGAAGCCACAGCGGAAGGACAACCCGGUGAACCUCCAGCUGAUGGUGCACCACCGACGGAAGAGACAGCUCCUACCGGCUGUGGCGGUGGUGUAGGCGGAUGCAGAUGCGGGGACUUCUGUCAAUGUUGUGUUGGUGGAUGUGCAGGUAAAAGUGCGAUUGUAGCAGCUUUGACACCGGUUCCCCCGUCGCCAGCUCCAUCUCCACUUCCUCCAGCAGAGGGUGGAGAGACAGCACCAGCAGAAGGUGCACCUCCAGCAGAUGCUCCAGCCCCUGAGGGUGAGGCUCCAGCAGCACCUCCAGCUGAGCCAGCGACCGUUGACGCGCCUGCCUCGUAAUUUCGCAAUCAUAAAGUUGGCAGUCAUCUCUCUGGAGGAUUUAACAAUCUGCACUGGCCCUUAUAUCAGCCCGAGGAGUUGUGAUGAUGUGUGCCAACUGGACCCACUGAUGUAUCGCCGUAGAUUCCACUCUAAUUUCUUGGACGUUACUCGGCGUUUUGUCAUCCUCUGGCGCGCAAUCCCCUUACAACGAUUAUUCAAUAUACGGGAUUAUUGUUGUGUAAAUGUCAGAGCAAUGUUGACGUAUGUCAUGUGCUUGUGUAAUACCAUCGAUACCUCCAGCAUCAUCAAAGUAUUGACGCUGUCCAUUGGGGAAUGCAAAUUAAAUUGAAACAUAUAAUCACGA